AUGGUCAUUCGCGAGGAUCUCGUCGUCUCGGCGGCUCAGUUUCUCCAAGAUCCCAGCGUCGCAUCGUCACCCGUCGAGAAUCGAAUUGCCUUCCUCCAAGCCAAGAACUUGACCCAAGAAGAAGUCAGCGCAGCCAUGGCUCGGGCAUCUUCGGACUCGGGCGCCCCUCCUUCCUAUCCGCCUGCACCCCCGGCAUCAUAUCCUCGCGGACAGCAGCCGCCGUACUAUGGCCAGUACCCGCCGUACGCGUGGCAGCCACCACCUCAAGAGCCCCCCAGAAGGGACUGGAGGGACUGGUUCAUCGUUGCCACGGUCGCCGGUGGUGUAAGCUACGGCCUAUACUCUCUUACCAAGCGCUAUAUCUACCCUCUCGUCGCUCCUCCAACCCCCGAGCGCCUCGAGCAGGACAAGAAGUCGAUUGAUGAGCAAUUCGAGCGGGCUUUUGGACUGGUUGAGCAGCUAGCAAAGGACACCGAGGCGCUCAAGGCGGCCGAGAAGGACCGAACAGAACGCCUGGAUGCCGCAUUGGCAGAUUUGGAGAGCACCCUGAGCGAGCUCAAGUCGGCCAACAGGCGUAGAGAGGAUGACGCCAACCGAGUCAGGGACGAUGUGCAGAGCCUGAAGAACUCCCUGCCCAGAGCCAUGGACGCUCAAAAGGAGCAGACUGACAACAGGAUGAAGGAGCUCAACACGGAGCUCAAGAGUCUGAAGACCUUGAUCAGUCAGCGCAUGGCACCUGCUGGCCCAUCGUCCUCGGCUCCGGCCCCUGCCCCAACGACUGGCGGAUAUCUUCGUGCUUCAAGCGCCGUCCCUCCGACAGCCUCGUCCGACACAUCAACCACCCCCGUCAACGGUACUGAGAGCUCAGAGCCAGCCACCAGUACACAAGAAGAGCCAUCCAAGCCGCGUGACUACACCGGCUACGUCGCCAGUCUCGGCCGCAGCUCCCCUUUCAGCAGCGGCAUGCCCAUGUCGAAAGCUUCGAUUCCCGAUUGGCAGAAGCCAAAGGCUCCUCAGGCCUCUGUCUCAACCCCUGAAGCUGAGAGCAGCGCUGCCCAAGCCUCCGGCAGCAACUGA